CUCCGGGACCUUGUCGGAGGGCUACCCCAGCGCAGUCCCCUCGCCAUGGAGGCGCCGUCGCGGCUCCUGAUCCGCGGGGGUCGCGUGGUCAACGACGACUUCUCGCAGGUGGCCGACGUGCUGGUGGAGGGCGGCGUGGUGCGGGCGCUCGGGCCCAACCUGCUGCCGCCCGGGGACGCGCCCGCGGGGCUCCGGGUCCUGGAUGCCCGCGGCAAGCUGGUGCUGCCCGGCGGCAUCGACACGCACACGCACAUGCAGUUCCCCUUCAUGGGCUCGCGGUCCGUCGACGACUUCCACCAGGGCACCAAGGCUGCUCUGGCGGGAGGCACCACCAUGAUCCUUGACUUUGCCAUUCCCCAGAAAGGUGAAUCCCUCCUCGAAGCCUUUGCGACCUGGAGAGGCUGGGCUGAUCCCAAAGUCUGCUGCGACUACAGUCUUCAUGUGGCAGUGACCUGGUGGAGUGAGCAGGUUAAAGAAGAAAUGAAAAUUCUCACCCGAGAUAAAGGCGUUAACUCUUUCAAGAUGUUUAUGGCCUACAAAGAUGUGUACAUGGUGAGGGACAGUGAGCUGUACGAAGCCUUCUCUCGGUGCAAGGACAUCGGGGCGGUUGCUCAGGUCCAUGCAGAAAAUGGUGACUUAAUCGCCGAGAACUGCUCCAGGGAGCUGGGGUCUUUACCGGGGCAGAUCACGAGUCCUGCCCUCCGUGCCUCCAUGGGGAAGGUGGUCUACGGAGAACCCAUAGCGGCGAGUCUGGGCACAGAUGGCACUCACUACUGGAAUGAAGAAUGGCGUCACGCCGCCCACCACGUCAUGGGCCCACCCCUGCGGCCCGACCCUUCCACGCCUGAUUUCCUCAUGAAUCUCUUGGCUAACGAUGAUCUGACCACAACCGGGACUGACCACUGUACCUUCAACACCUGCCAGAAAGCUCUAGGGAAGGAGGAUUUUACCAAGAUACCCAAUGGGGUGAAUGGCGUUGAGGACCGAAUGUCGGUCAUAUGGGAAAAAGGCGUGCACAGUGGUAAAAUGGACGAAAACCGAUUUGUGGCCGUUACCAGCACCAAUGCAGCUAAAAUCUUUAAUCUCUAUCCAAGGAAAGGAAGAAUAGCGAUAGGAUCAGACGCGGAUAUUGUGAUCUGGGACCCCAAAGCCACCAGGACUAUUUCUGCACAAACCCAUCACCAGGCUGUGAAUUUCAACAUCUUUGAGGGCAUGGUUUGUCACGGGGUGCCUCUUGUGACCAUCUCCAGAGGCAAAGUGGUGUAUGAAGCUGGAGUUUUCAAUGUCGUGGCAGGAGAGGGGAAGUUCAUUCCUCGAAAACCAUUCGCUGACUAUAUUUACAAACGAAUCAAGCAGAGAGACCAGACUUGCCAACCUACCCCAGUGGAGCGGGCACCCUACACAGGAGAAGUCGUCGUCCCGAAAUCCGAAGGGACAAGAGAAGGCUCCACAGCAGGCACCGGGAGACAGGCCCACCCCCCCUGAGGUGGGUGCUGUUGGGUAAAAUCAGAGGAGAGGAUGCUGCAGUUCCGCCACAGCUCAGCCCAGUGUCCUCAGCGCGCCAACAAGCAGGCCUGGUUUCGGCUCCCCAAGCUCUUUUUGAAAAUCCUUAAUCGCUUGAGGCCACUUUCAUUUUCUUUCAAAAGCAAUUGCUGCCUUUCUCGCUGCCACAUUGUUGCCAUGUGAAACGGAAGGAAUAAAUGAACAUUAUCGUGACAGGAAAUCGGGGUGAAAAUCACAGGUGAUACUUUUAAGAUGUCUUCUUUGCAUGUACUAGAUUGUUGUCUGAAAAUUUCAAAAACCCCUUAAAGUUUUAUUAAACAUGGGUACCUUUGCUUUAAAAGAGCUAACGCUGUGAUUUUACAUCUUAAUGGAAUUAAUAAACAUUCAAGCCUUUAUUUUA